UUUUAUGCAAUGGGGAACAAGCAGUGGAGUUCGAUUGGAUAAAGAGGGUGGGAUUUAUCAAGGGAACAGCUAGUGCACUUGCUUACAUGCACCAUGAUUGCAUUCCAGCAAUAAUUCACAGGGAUAUAUCUAGCAAUAAUAUUUUGUUGGAUGCUGAAUAUGAAGCUCGAGUUUCUGAUUUUGGUACGGCCAGGAUUUUGAAGCCAGAUUCAUCAAAUUGGACUUCACUUGCAGGAACCUACGGAUAUGUUGCUCCAGAGCUUGCCUAUACAAUGAAGGUGACCGAGAAAUGUGAUGUUUAUAGUUUUGGGGUGAUCAUAUUAGAAGUACUUAUGGGAACACAUCCGUCUGAAUUGAUCACGUUGCUCUCGCAAAUUCUUCUUUCAUCUCCAUCAUUGAGUAAUAUGGGGCAAAACAUAAGAUUGAGAGACAUCUUGGACCCAUGCCUUGGAGCACCAUCAGAUAUUCUGAAGAAAGAAAUAAUGUACAUCGUGAAGGUUGGAUUCUCAUGCUUACGAGGUGAUCCAAGUACUCGGCCAACUAUGCAAGAAGUAGCAGUAGAGCUAUCAUUGUCGUCUGCUCAGAGCAGGGCAAGUUUAGAGAAGCCUUUUGAAAUGCUUACAUUAGGAGACAUUUUGUUGUCAUAAAAAUUUGUGUAACCCAGUCAUCUUCUUAUUUUCUUUUCGUUUUGUUGUCAUAAUAAAUUAUUCAGUUAUGAGCUUCUUUUUUUUC